AUGGCAACAUAUAAAAGAGCUAUUAGCGACGAAGAAUCAAGUAACAACUCAGACAUUGAAAUGUUUCCUAAAUGUAAAACACCUCAAUCUAAAAGGCCGAAAUUGACAGAUGGAAAAUUGAACGAUAUUGGAGCUAUUUUCUUGGAGAGGCCUAUAUCUUUGGAUAACUUGAUUCAAAAACUUAAAAUUUUACAGAAGGGAUCCAAUGGAUCUGGAAACUUUCCCACCAUUAUUGAUUCAAUCAAAAUGUUAACCAGGGACCAUCUUACUUUUUCAUUCCCUUGUGUCAGUUGGAGUAAGAAAUCAACACUACCAUUAGCAUUAAUGUUACAAGAAGAGGAAAUAGAGCAAGACUCAUUAAUUAAUAUAUGUACAAUAAAUAAAACAUUAUCUGAAUUCUAUGAAAGAACGAGGUGCAGAGAGAAUAACAAUCGUCCAAAUUUGAUAUUAACUGACAGAUUGAGUAAUAGACUGUUUGAACAUUGGUAUCACAGAAUAUUUUUGUUUGUUUCUGGUAUGAAAGAAAUCCUUGAAAAGUUGAUUAAUCCUAUACCAGUACCACCAGGAAAAUAUUCUGAUCAAGAAAUAUUACAAGAAAGUGUGUUCACUCAAAUAUUCCUCAAGUUUGCACAGAUAUGUUUUCUUAAUCCAGAAGUUGGGGAAACUAGCAAAAAAUGUUUAAAAAUAAGAAAUAAAACUGUUGGUUAUAUAUCUGAUGUAAGAUUUUAUCAACAUGAAACGAAAGCUGGAUCACCUCAUUUAUUAAUGUUGUUGGUAGAGGUUAAAAACAAUGGUUUAAGUCAGACAGAUGGUGACAAGGAUUCAGCUACUCCAUGUAUAGAGGAACAUUUGGACAAAUGUAUACUAGAACAGAUAGGACUCCAACUCAUGUCUGAUAUUUGGAACUCAACAUUUGCUCCAAGUACUCUUGCAGUUGUUUGUUUUAGGACUGAGGUAAUUUUCAUGUUACUGGAAGCAGAUUUGGAACACUAUGAAGCUUGGCUAUUAAAUAAAAGUGUGGAUAACUUUAAAUCAUGCAUACAGUACACCAGAUCAUAUAAUAUUAUGGUAGCAGAAGAUAGGAACCAGAUAUUAGAUCUACUAUUUUGGUUGGGAUGUAUUCAAAAAGGAGACUUUGAACGUUACUUUUUCUUUUAAUAUUGUAAUAAAUCAUGUCUAUUUUAUGUAAAUUGUAAAAACAUUUGUAUUUAUACUACACUCUUUCUAUUUGAGCAGUCAAAAUUCUUUGACUGUCUAUUUCAAUGUCAUACAGUCACUGACCUGAUAUCACUUUUCCUCAUGAAUAUAUAAAUAGAAGUUGUUGAAAUAAUAUUUAAUUAUUCAUACGACCUCUUUAACUUUUCUUGUUUCCAAUGCAUAUAAGGAUGCACAGAACAACUCAACCUUGUUUGUUUUGCAAUUAUUGAAAAAAAAAAAUCAUUUGUUAAUAUUUUUUGUUUGCAACCUAUAAAUCAUUAUGUUUUAUGCUUAUGGUUGAUAUUUUAGUCCAUACUCAAACGAUUUUGUUCACCAACGAGUGUUUGUAUCAACAGGUAAAUGUACAUUUCAUUGUGUUGUAAUUUUCUCUUUGAGCAUGAUUUGAGGCCUUUGUAAAGGGAAUUUCCCUCAAUGUUUAAAGCAAAACAAACAAUUGAAAAUGUUUUUUUUUUUAGAUUGCAUAUCAAAGAGAUGUCUAGUCAAUGCACUAUUAUUGUCUUUAUAUGUCAUAUAAGAAUCUUUGUAUGCUAUAUAUU